UCGGCACAUUGUGAGCAGGGGCUGCAGGAUGGAACCAGCAAGCGGCUGCGCUGAGCGCCCCACACCUGGGCCUACAGGGGUGAAGACCAAGCCCUCCUGCGGGGGCUGGAGAGCCGCGGGCCUGCUCCUGCUGCUGCUGCUGCUGCUGGCCGCUGUGGGGGUUGUGGCUGGAGGGCUUCUUGGCUUUGCUCAGGGCCUUCCCAAGCCAAGGCUGCAGACGCUGCGAAUGACCCUCCCGAGCCCCCACAUGCCCCGGCCCAACCAAACCAUCCUGGUGGACGUGGCCCAGAAUGCGGCAACCAUCACAGUGACCCCAACUCAGAGUAACCACAGCUGGGCGGUGCUGUUCGACGGGCAGAGCGGCUGCAUCUGUUACCGCCCUGAGGAGCACCAGGCCUGCUUCCUCCGCCUGAUGGAGGACAGUGAUCGGGAGACCCUGCAGCUGCUGGUGGAUACCUCCAAGGUCCAAGAAGCUUGGGUCCCUACCCAGGACACCCACCACACCCAGGAGCUGCUGGCAGUGCAGGGGAGCCUUGAGGUGGACCCCGCCGAGGUGGGGGCUUUGGUGCAGCGCCUGUGCAAGAGGACCCCCAUCUACUGGGCUCGGCGAGCAGAGGGUGAGUCAGGACCACUGUGGGGGAAGGCCAAGCCCUCGGGAUGGUUUGAGGAGCUGGGGGCAGAGCCCUUGGAGAUUCACGGCGCCCUCGCCACAGGGCCCCAGAGACAGCGGCUGAUUUAUCUCUGCAUCGACAUCUGCUUCCCGAGCAACAUCUGCGUGUCUGUCUGCUUUUAUUAUCUCCCAGACUGAGCCCCCAACCUGGCCCAGCCCGGCCCCUGUCCCCAAUCCAGUGGGCUGGCCAGGCCACCUGCACCAGGGAGGACAGCUGCCGGCAGGGACUAAUAAACCCUUCCACCUGGC